AUGCUGUGGCUCACACGUGUGGUGCGGCAGAGAGUCGCUCAAGUGGCCGAAGCACAGUUGAAGAAGACAUGCAGCAACAGCAGUGGCGGCUGGGCCACACACGGAGACAUGGACCGCAAUGGAAUUCCCGUCCCGCAAUUCGCCGCACGCGACUUUGAUGAGUUCUUUUUUUCCUCGUCCGACGCCAAAGAGUGUCGGCUGUGCGGUGGUGUGACGAUGCGCGGGUCGGCACAUGCCGGGUUGCCGCUGCAUCAGACAUUGGAGACAAUCAUGUGGCUGCUUUUGCAGAGAGCGAAGAAACAUGCCAGCGGCGCAGUGGGCGUCUCACCGGAGGCAGCGCGCAGUUUCUUUCUUGACGAACUCCGGCGAUCUGAGCAAGCGCUGCGUGGUGGGGGCUGUUCUUGCAGUGAAGACAGUAGCAGGAGGCGUAGCUUUACCUCCCAUCCUGAAGUCUCGGAUGAAUGUGAUAAAGUUCUGUCGGAUCAGCAUGGCGUCAGUACGAAGAUUCCCUGCAGUGUGGCGACAGAGUCAUUCUGGGGCCAUGUUGUUGGCCUCCGGGCAUCGCGGCUGCGCGACAAGCUGCACGUAUUAACGCAGCUCGGGGUCUUGGGCCUGGCAGCGCCGCGUGGGGGUGGGGCAGAUUCCCACGGCUUCCAGCGUGACGCCGGCUUCCAGCGGUUGGAGUGCAUUGGCGACCACAACUGGGGCCACACCAUCUGCCACCGGCUGCUGCUGCUCUUCCCAGAGGUUGACUGGCGCACGCCGCCGAACAUCUCAGCCAUCGACGCCUUCCGCACAGUGCUGGAGAGCAACCAGCACCUGGAUGCCGUCUACACCGCGCUCCGCCUCGAUGACAUUGUGAGGAGCACAGAGGCGAAGGCGGCGAGGUCCACAAAGUUCAAGGCGGACGUGGUCGAGGCGAUUGCGGGGGAGCUUCACGUCGCGCUGUGGUCGCUGCAGCCGUAUGACACGGACGGCAUCACCGCACGCCCAUCCAUCCACGGUAUCCCAUUCACACCACCGCUGGCAUCCAUUGUGCAAAAUUGCCUGCAUGAGCUGUACGAUCUAGUUGUUCUUUGUUUCAUCGCAAAGUACAAUGCGCCGCUAGUUCGGGCUGUUGUUGAACUGUCUCGUCGCGAUCAAUACAUGAUGGAUUCAUCAUCAUCGUUUUACGCAUUGCGACGGACGCGACGACGGCGGUUCAGCAACGGCAGCACGCGAUGGACGCUCCCAUCUUCUCCUCCGCUUGACGGUGGGCCACAGCAGCGGCAAUACAGGCCCGUUGACGCAGGUAUGCAUACGUCACCGCCGUGGACUGCAGUCUCCUAUGCGGCACUCCUCGAUUCUGAGGAAGGCAGUUCGACGGCAGUGGAUUCGAAGCUGCAUGAGGCGAAGAUGCGAGCAGUGGGUGCUGCUGCUUGCCAGACUACGCGAGUGGCCGUGUGGGAGUUGACGGAGCGGUGUGGUUUUUUAAGACAGUCCUCCCGUCUGUGA